AGACGAACAACUUGGCGUGGAACCCACAUGCUACUUUGGCGCACGACCUUAUCUUUCCACCUUCUGUAACUGAGUUGAAGAAUCGACGCGCACGCAGUGAGGCGCCAUUUCUGUACGACGACGUUUCUGCCGUGGGAACGCAGAGGCAAUUAAGAGAUUCACCUUUCAAACGGGCCAAGCGCACGACUUGGACAACUGGCCGAGCCGAUGACGAAGCCGAAGUCUGGCGAGAUCAAAGGAUGGCAACGAGGCUAAUAGACGCAGCCGCAAGACAGCAGCACAAUCAAGAGGUGCAUUUUUAUGGUCGGCUUUUAUUGUUCUUCACCUCACUCAGCAUCUUGCCACGACCGUUCUUGUAUUCCCAUGAACAAGUACAAGGGUAAAGGCAUCAAGGUGGGGGAACAAGUAAGAUGAAUUUCAGCACACUCUAACGCCUCAGCCAACGAGAGCAGAAGAGCCGAGUAGUGCAAAGGCCGGAUCCGAAGAACGUGGCAGGAGAACACUUUUUUCUGGGCAGCAGGAAAAACAGAGUGUUUCAAGAAAAAAUGAGCCAUCAUUGGGAACCUGCAGGAUGCGACGUGGACGAUGCAGACCACGGCAAAAGAUUUGUCUCUGAGGCUGCGGAACAGUUUAUCGGUGGAAAACUAGUGGCGAACCGUGCUGGCAACGCGAGGACUUCGGCUGAUGGUCUUGCAACGAUGCGAAAGGAUACUACUGCGGCCAGUCCCUGCCGCAUUGGCGAAAGCAGCGCCAUGUUGCGAAACGAACGCCCUAGGAGGACAGCAGCGAUCGAAUUCAGGAAAGAUAUUAUGCAGCUCGGUCACGACAGUCGCACCCAUUCGCCUUCUUUCACCAAGGUGAAGCAACUCUGGAUCAAAUAACCCCGACACAAUUUUUCCUGCAACAGGAGCACUCUCUACACCAACGACCACGUGAAGCUGCUUCACUGAAGCAGCCGUUACUAGACUAAUAAUUUACUUUUUCAAGCCCUCCUGCUCUAUCAGUAAGAUUAAGUAGAAUCAUCUCCAUCAUAAGCAAAAACCCCAUCAACAAUCAACCAUCAUAACCCACUCUAAAACCAAGAAGCUACAGCCAUACUCGAAGCCUGAUAGUUCAGGGAAGAUGACGAUUUUCACUGGGCCCCCAGAGAAUAAGAUGGUGCAUUCCUUUGUUGGUCGUACGAGUGGAAAUCGUCAUGUCGCACUUGCGAACGCUAGCAACACUCUGAGGCGUAGCACAUCGGCGCAACCUCGUGUUGAGUCGAGUAUUAAACUCGGAUAGGUGACCCCGCUCGCUGGAGCGAUCCGGCAAAAAGGAAAGCAGCAAUACUUGGAGAAGAAUUUGAACCUCAACACACGACUACACGGGAUAAUUUGCUGCGGAGAAUUUGCUGCAUGUAGUUACGCAUUUAAAGAGGAAAAAUACGAUCAUCAUGGAGAAUAUUAAGUAAGUAAUCGACACCCGCCGAAUGCUUCUAAAGAAUCAGACAAAAGCUGGUAUUUAAUGUAGAAAAAAGUGAACUUGAAGCCGCAAGAAAACUACGCUACUGCAUAGAAGACAUUGAUGGUAAAAAACAGGAUACGCAAACGCAUGAUUUCAAUAGAGAAAGAAAAAUGUCGCUAUAAUCAACACUGAUUAGAUAUCAAAUACUUGUACGAAUACGUAAUAACAUUAACUACAAUAAGUAGUGCUGAGAUGAGGUGGACGCAAUUUUUAUACUGUUUGGGAAAAAAAUAAACAUGAAUUUGAAUAUGUCGAAAAAAAUAAUACUGUUGUAAUGGAACAAAAGCCUUCUAACAAGAAGAGGUCGUUGUAUAGAACAUUUCAAGAAUAAACAGGACUAGAUACGAGACAUAAACAGUUUUCUGCAGUAUUGAACAACAGGUCGAACGAUUAGUAUUCUAAUUGAAAAAGUAAGAUAAAAGAAGAACUAAUGCAAUCUACACCAAUAAGGUACUCUUGGGAUGAAGACGAUUGAAGAUACGGAGGUCCACCUUGAGCAAACGACAAAACAACUAACAACAUUGACAUACAGCUGAGAAUCAAUCUCGAAAAAAAAUACACACGACAUACACGGUCCUUCAGUGGCAGUGAUCGG